AUGAAAGAAAGGAAGGAUGAAAGAAUGUUGAGCGAUUCUGUAUGGUCAUAUAAUGGAAGGAAACGGAACCCAGAAUCCCUGCAGUAGAUCCCUUGGAUGGCUUCAACGACAAGAUAAUGAUGCUAAGCCAUGGCUUUGGAAAUUCUCUAAUUGCUUUUCUCGUCCUGAACAGACAUCGCAACUUAGUCCCAAAACGAAAAAUGACAUGGAGAACAAGCAAGUCGCCGUGGAGCCGAAGGACGUGCCGUCUCCUCUCCACGCCGGCCCCAACCUCUUUCCGGCGAUCCCCCUCCCUGACAUCCGUCCUCUUCAGCAACCUCCCCCCAUUCAGCUCCCGGCCGGGCCCAAAGUAAGCUGCUGCGCCCAUUGCUCUAACGAUCCCUCGACCCCUCCCGUGCAUUGUGGUGGCGGUGGCGGCUCGGGGAGCGGAAAUGCCGCUAGCUUGAUUCACGCUGGCACCGUGUUAGACUCGCCAAGCACCGGGACCGUCACAUGCCAAGUAGGGUCCGGGUUCGCCUGUCAGGCGGCCCCUUCGCUCAAGAAUGCUCCGGCUAGAAACAGCCCGGCAGGCGUCACCGGCGACUUUCCGGGCACGUGUCUAGAAAGUAACCUCUCCGCCUGCAAGCACCUGCCCUGUUGCGGAAAACUCCAUUUCCAAUCCUGUCACGGUAACGUGCACAAGCUGCGGCAGUUCCCGGCUCUUCAGAGCUGCUCGUCUCCUGGCUAUUUCCCCUGUCCCGAGUUCACGAGCGGGGCCCCGGGGCACUUGGAAGUACACGUGGCACAGUCGGACCUCACGUCACACGUGUGCACCAACCCUUUGCGCCUAAACGUGGCCCCGCCGGUUUGUUUAAAGGGUUCUCACUACUGCGAAGACUGUUUAAGCAAGCCAGGAAGAAAUAGUAUAAUUGAUGGGGCUAAAGUCUGGCCAAAUAUUCCACCUCCAAGUACGCAGGCUGCACCUCUCUCUCUCCCGCUGUGUAAUGGCUGUGGAACCAAAGGAACGGGAAAAGAAGCAACUUUGCUGCUGGCAACGAGCCUCGGCAAAGCAGCAGCAAAAUACGGAUCGUCCGAAGUUGCAAGAACAGCACAGGUGCUGGAAAACUUACCCCCUAUUGGAGUCUUCUGGGACAUUGAAAACUGCUCGGUUCCCACUGGCCGUUCAGCCGUGGCAGUAGUACAGCGGAUCCGGGAGAAGUUCUUCAAAGGCCACAGAGAAGCCGAAUUCAUCUGCGUGUGUGACAUCAGUAAGGAAAAUAAAGAAGUUAUUCAGGAGCUGAAUAACUGCCAGGUGACGGUCGCACACAUCAACGCCACAGCCAAAAACGCGGCUGAUGAUAAACUCAAACAGAGUCUCAGGAGGUUUGCCGACACGCACACUGCCCCAGCCACUGUGGUCCUCGUUUCGACUGAUGUUAACUUUGCAUUGGAAAUUAGUGAUUUGAGACACCGGCAUGGUUUCCACAUCAUUUUGGUACACAAAAACCAGGCCUCUGAAGCCCUGCUGCAUCACGCUCAUGAACUGAUCCGAUUUGAAGAAUUCAUUUCGGACUUGCCGCCGAGGUUACCCCUAAAAACUCCACAGUGCCACACCUUGCUUUACGUGUACAAUCUACCAACAAACAGAGAUGGUAAAAGCGUCAGCAACAGACUCAGGCGGCUGUCAGAUAACUGUGGAGGGAAAGUCCUGAGCAUUUCCGGCAGUAGCGCGAUCCUGCGCUUCUUAAACCAAGAGAGCGCGGAACGCGCCCAGAAGCGAAUGGAAAACGAAGACGUCUUCGGCAAUAGGAUCGUUGUGUCUUUUAUGCCCAAAAACAAAGAACUGAACGAAACAAAGAACUCCAGCGCCGUCGCUGACAAGGUGAAGUCCCCCAAAAAGGUUAACAAGAACCCAAAGCUGUGCCUCAUCAAAGAUGCAAGUGAACAAUCUCCCAGUACCAAAACCAAUCCCGGAAGAGGGUUGCAGGCCAACUCCGGAUCUGCUGCGAAACACACAAAUGUGAAAAGUUUACAGGAGCUGUGCCGCAUGGAAUCGAAGUCCAGUCAUAGAAAUACCGAACACCAGCAAAACCUCACGAGAUUGGAAGCACUUUCCCCGCAGAAUAAUUCGCAGGCUGCGAGUGCAGAAGUUCCGACAACCAAAAACGUGGGCUCAGCAGAAGCGAUGUAUAAAACCAGCCUGAAAAAGGAAAUUCUCACUGCCCGAAGUAGUACCAGUUCUCCUAUGGAGAAAAAGGAUAAGGAAGAGCUUGUCUUCCAAGUCAGCUUCCCGUCUGCUUUCAGCAAGUUACCAGUGCCAAGGCAGCUUAGUCCUCUGCUCGUGCCUCCGAGUUGGUCGUCUCGCAGGAGUAUGUCUCCGAACCUCUUGAACAGAGCCUCUCCGCUUACGUUCACUGUGGCCAAUCCUGCCAGCGGGACAGACUGUCCUGACCCGUUUGCAAAUGGUGCAGAUAUUCAGAUCAGCAAUAUAGAUUACAGAUUGUCCCGGAAAGACCUACAACAAGUUCUGCAAGAUAUUUUCUCCAAGCACGGCAAGGUUAAGAAUGUAGAACUUAGUCCACACACAGAUUAUCAGUUGAAGGCUACCGUGCAGAUGGAAAGUUUACACGAAGCAAUCACGGCAGUCAACAGCCUUCACCGUUUCAAAGUCGGCAGCAAAAGGAUCCAGGUGUCUCUGGCUACGGGAACUAUGAACAAAUCACUGUCUUUAUUAAGCUCCGAAACAAUGUCCAUCCUUCAGGACGCCCCUGCUUGUUGUCUGCCUCUGUUCAAAUUCACAGACAUCUAUGAAAAGAAGUUUGGGCACAAGUUGAAUUCAUCAGACUUGUCUAAAUUAACCGACAUCGUGGCGAUCCGUGAUCAAGGAAACGUCCGGUUGGUAUGUCUGUUACCCAGCAGUCAAGCCCGACAGAGCCCGUUAGGAUCUUCCCAGUCACACGAUGGUUCGUCGACCAACUGCAGCCCUAUAAUAUUCGAAGAACUGGAGUAUCACGAACCCAUCUGCAAACAGCAUUGCACUAAAAAAGAAUUUAGUGAACAUGAAUUUGAUCCAGACUCCUAUCAGAUCCCUUACGUGAUUCUCUCUCUGAAGAAAUUUGCACCCCAAGUUCAUAGUCUCCUGCAGACACAUGAGGGCACCGUGCCUCUACUAAGCUUCCCAGACUGCUACUCUGCAGAGUUCAGUGAUUUAAAAAUAGUGCAGGAAAAUCAAGGAGGGGUUCCCUUAGAGCACCUCAUUACCAGUGUGCCUGGAGUGAACAUUGCCACUGCACAGAAUGGCAUCAAAGUAGUGAAAUGGAUACACAAUAAACCUCCACCUCCAUCCGCAGACCCUUGGCUUCUGCGCUCUAAAAGUCCCAUAGGUAACCCCCAACUUAUCCAGUUCAGUAGAGAAGUGAUCGACUUACUUAAGAACCAACCGUCUUGUGUCAUACCAGUUGGUAAAUUCAUCCCAACCUAUCAUCACCAUUUUGCAAAGCAGUGCCGAGUGUCAGACUACGGAUAUUCCAAGUUAAUGGAAUUAUUAGAAGCCGUGCCUCACGUGUUACAAAUUCUUGGAAUGGGCUCCAAACGCUUGUUGACCCUAACCCACAGGGCCCAAGUGAAGCGCUUUACUCAAGAUUUACUGAAACUUCUCAAAUCCCAGGCCAGUAAACAGGUUAUUGUGAGAGAAUUCUUACAGGCUUAUCAUUGGUGUUUCUCAAAGGACUGGGAUGUUACCGAAUAUGGUGUAUGUGAGUUGGUUGACAUAAUAUCAGAAAUUCCGGAUACGACAAUCUGUUUGUCCCAACAAGAUAGUGAAAUGGUGAUUUGUAUCCCCAAACGAGAACGUACCCAGGAAGAAAUUGAUAGAACGAAGCAGUUCUCUAAGGAGGUUGUUGAUUUGCUGCGUCAUCAGCCUCAUUUCAGGAUGCCUUUUAACAAAUUUAUUCCCUCCUACCAUCACCACUUCGGCCGUCAAUGCAAGCUUGCUUAUUUUGGGUUUACCAAACUACUUGAACUUUUUGAAGCCAUACCAGAUGUUUUACAAGUAUUGGAAUGUGGUGAAGAGAAGAUCCUCACACUGACAGAGGUAGAGCGAGUCAAAGCUCUGGCUGCCCAGUUUGUUAAACUUCUUAGGUCUCAGAAAGACAACUGCCUUCUGAUGACGGAUUUGCUUACAGAGUAUGGGAAAACUUUUGGCUACACCCUGCGCCUCCAAGAUUACGACGUCAGUUCAGUUCCAGCCUUAAUGCAGAAACUCUGUCAUGUCGUGAAGGUUGCUGACACUGAGUCUGGGAAACAGAUUCAUCUGAUAAAUCGCAAGUCCCUCCGGUCUCUCACAGCCCAGUUGCUAGUGCUGUUGAUGUCUUGGGAAGGAAAUUCCUUUCUUUCUGUUGACCAGCUCAAGAGGCACUAUGAAACUCUCCACAGUGCUCCCCUCAACCCCUGCGAAUAUGGAUUCAUGACCUUGACGGAGCUUUUGAAGAGUCUGCCGUACUUAGUUGAGGUUUUUACCAACGAUGUGGCAGAGGAAACCGUGAAACUCACCAGUCUCUAUCUGUUUGCGAAGAACGUGAGGGCUCUGCUCCAAACUUACCACUAUCAGCAAAUCUUCCUCCAUGAAUUUCCUGUGGCCUAUACCAAAUAUGUAGGAGAAGUAUUGCAGUCCAAGUCUUAUGGCUAUAACAGCCUAGAAGAACUCUUGGGAGCUAUUCCACAGGUUGUCUGGAUAAAGGGCCAUGGUCAUAAGAGAAUUGUAGUAUUAAAGAAUGACAUGAAAAACUGUCAAUUUUUCUCUCCUGUAGCUCGUUUUAGUUCACCCAGUUUUUCCCCUGACAAUCACGUGAAUGACCACGGAAGUCAGCCAGCAGACGGUAGUGGACCCAUUCCGCAGAGACCUGCAUCCUGUGCCUCCUUGGAACUGAAACUGGGAAUAUACAGCAACGCACUUCAUCCCGAUGAGAGAGGAAUAUACCGCUCACCUUUGGAAGAACGUUCUUUCUUCCACACACGGCUGUGGUCCGGUCCUAAUCAGACAGAACAGGAGCUCCUGUGCCUAACCAAUACAUCCCCGAUCGACCUCUUGUGUGAACCGGUCCCUUCCUGCUUGCCUUCCCCGCAGCUGAGGCCUGAUCCGGUGGUCCUAGAGUCUGCUGACCUCAUUCAGUUUGAGGAACAUCCUCAAACCCCAUCUGAAACGACGCUUCUGACAGAAGGCGAAAGAAAGAAAACGACAGCAAGCAAAGAAGAGCAGACCCCCGCCGACCUCGGGGCAGCCGACACCCCGGAGAACCUCCCAACGCCUCCCUGUCCAUCCUCCGAAACCCCAGAGUCUCGGCCAGGCAAAGAUGCGACAGAAAGCCCAGCCAAAAGACAACACAAAAGCAAAGUGAAAUUGGCAGCCAACUUCUCCUUGGCACCUAUAACCAAGCUUUAACUUUUGAUUUUGACAUAGAAUUAGAUCACAGAAAACUGUCUGACUCUGCACACAAAAAUAGGUUCAAAGUUAUCUGCCUUUCCUUUCUCGUUUUAACGGAAACCCCUUACAGUCCACUAAAUUUCUAUUUAUGGGUGUAGGCCACCCCAUUUUCAUUCCUUUUUUUUUUUUUUUUUACCCUGAACACAGUUUUCAGCGGAAGUUUUUUAAAAAAAAAAAUUGAAAGAAAAAACCUUUCCACACUCAUUUGAGUCCUUGAGAUAUUUUUACCAAAUUUUCUUACUAGUUAAAAAUCAAAUGGUGUUGGGUGGAAAAGAAAGGGCUAAUAAUUCAACUAGGAAGAAUUGGGUUUUAUUUUCAUCUGAGCCUCGUGAGUGGUAUAAUCGUGCCCCAAUCAACCAAGAUUCUAUAUGUCGUUGCUUAUUGAUGUUAUUUUUGGACAGUAUUAAUCAGUGAAUUGUCUUGAAGCCUGUUAAGCAAUUUCAAAUGCGUUAAAGCACACUGGACUGGAAUGAGCAGACGGGAGGUUUUGAAAGCCUUUGCUUCCAUGUGGCUUGUAAUUACACCUCAUCAUUCAUUUAAAGGUGUCUCUAGAUGAUGACUGUGGCUUCAUUAGCGAAUUUGUUUUAAAUGAUCUUUGGCAUUUUCGAUUCCAUUCGGGAGCUUUCCAGGAAGUUGAGGAUGUAUUAAGCUUCCCUUUUAGGUUGCGUUUUCAGUUUGACGUGAAUUGGGUUAAGGAGAAAGGAGGGGGGUCUUGGCGUGUCAUGGAAGUGUUUGGAUUACAACGCACAUGCUAUCGUGUGUCGAGACAGGAUGGGUUAGGAUGGUUCUGAUUUUCUAAAAUAUGCAUCAGUUGCAUAAACUAUCACAGAGCAGGCAAGGAGAAGUACUUUAACCAAAGAGGUAUCGAUACUAUUUCUACUGGAAGGAGACAGAGAGAUUCGAUCUGCCCAUGAGAAGGCCGAGGUUGUUCUGGUGAGUCUUGUGUAUGACAUUUUAAAGCAGGUUUUGGCCAUUGGGAAGCUUUUUGUGUGUAUGUUUUUGUGUGUUUGUGUGUGAGUGAGAGAGAGAGAGAGAGGGGGGGGGGGGGAGAGAGGUGGCAUAUUGUCUUUUAACUGUGCUGUUUUUAUUCUGAUUGCUACUUCUAGUGUUGGAAGCGUACUGAGUCGUGGUGUUUUGUGUUGGCGUUUGGAAAAGCCAGCCUGGAGGCAGCACUCCACUAGUGGAAUGACUGUAUUUGGAGUUGGCUGAAAUGUCCAGUGACAGAAGGCCCCUUACCCCUUCUGGGUAAACCUGACAUUUACAAUGGAUUGUAUUUGUCAGGCAAAGAGACUCCAUUGCUCUCAAUGCGGAAAAAAAACCUGUCACGCACCGUCUUCCACUAGUCGAAUGGUUUCUUUUUCAGAGGGAUUAUAUUUUGUAAUGUACUAGAAAGGCAGAAAACGGGCUCAGAUUUCCUAGCCAGCAUUUGGAAAAUGCCACCAAGGGCUACAGAGAGAAUUUUACGAGGUAGAUUUUGCUGAAAAAUCUUUUAAAAGAAAGCUAGGCAUCCCCAGUACUAAAUGUGUAGCCAACACUAAGAGAGACAGACAGACAGAGAGAGAGAAAAACACUGGAAAGGUUUUUCCGAGUGUUACGGCACAGUAUGAGACCUUCCGAUGUGCAUUUCCUCUACACACGGAGAUUGUUACAGGAAAAGGAAAUUCAGAUGUACGGACUGUUUUAAGAAUGCUUUUAAGAGAUUUCAUGAGUUUUGAACAUCUGUCUCCUUGAACGUGGAUUCCAUAUGAUAGGAUUUGUGCAUUUUGGAGCUUUCUUUUGUCAACCUGAAAAAAAGUGGUACAAUUAGACGAUGCAAAGAGGUGUCAUUACUAAUCACAGGAAACAGUCCAGAACAGCAGGCUCUCAAGGUCAUAAAGGACAAAAAAAAGUCACAGCUCUGUGCUGUCGAGGGAUCGGGGUGGGUUAUGCCACUCAUGGAGGUCAGCAGGUGCUCCUGGGAAGGAAGAAAGUAUAUUCAGAGGGAAAUUAUGUUCAUGAGGCGUAUUACAUGAUGGCCAAUCCAAUUGCAAUAUCAUUUACUUUUAAUCCGAAGACUGAAUCGAAUGAUGUGACGUAGUGAUCUGAAAGAAUUAGGACAAUGACAUUCUCGGAUUUCCAGGUGGAAAGAUAUAACGAUUUAUAUUUUGCCAAUUUGAAAAAAAACAGCCACAAAAUUGUCAAAGAGACACCCCUUCUACCUUGCACUGUUGGCUUUGGGUCGGAGGGAGGGAGCGUUUUCCUAACUGUCUACUUUGUUUGAACACUACUUUGUGGUUCAAGUGCUGUUUUGUGUGUUGGGACCAAACAGUUGUCAAUAAAAUUUACAAGCAAGCAUA